UAAGUCCUUCAAAGAGAUGAAAGGAGUAGCUAUGAGUUUCUCUGGAGCAAUCUGCAGAGUUAUUGUCCUUACUGCGGCAGUUGUCUGUGGGAAUGAUGACUGGAAGGUGACCUGCUCUCCUUCACAGAUUUGUGCCCUAAAAGGAUCAGCAGUGCAAAUAAAGUGCUCCUAUACAUACCCAUCUAAAAUCAACAACAAACCAACUGUUGUUGAGAAAACAUUUUGGUUUACAGAAGAGAUGAAUGGAAACUAUAGAGAUCUGAAGAAAGAGGGGAGCUAUUCAAACCGUGUGGAUUAUCAAUGCAUAAACAAUGCCUGCACUAUGAACAUCUCAAAUCUGGGAAAAAGUGACUCGAAUGUGUACAAGUUCAGGUUCACAACAAACCAUGAAUUUGGAAAAUAUACUGGUUUACCUGGAGUCCAUUUAUCCAUCACAGAUCCACAGGUUCAGGUGAAUAUAACCGGAUCAACAGACCAUAAUCAAAAGAGGAUCGAGCUUACAUGUAACAAUAAAUGCCAGCUGUCUCAUCCAGUUUCCUACAUCUGGUUCAACGAUGAACAGAAACUCAACGUAAACAAUCAGAGUUAUCUCCUGCAGACAUUUAAUGCAACAGGCAAAUAUUAUUGUGCCAUUAAAGGAUACGAGUCUUUCCCAUCUCCUGCAGUGUAUGCCCCAAAUAUCACUUUACUGUCAGCGAUCCCCUCGGGUGAAAUUGCAGAAGGCACUGCAGUGACUCUAAACUGCAGCAGUGAUGCUAACCCUACAGCUAAAUACACCUGGUACAGGCAAAAUGGAGCUCAUGUUCAAAAACCCAGAAGUGAAACACAAAGAGUCUUCAGCUCCAUCCAGGCCUCUGAUUCUGGAUGGUAUCACUGUGAAGCUGACAAUGACCUUGGAAGGAUAACGUCUCGCAGUAUUUAUAUCAAUGUGUUAUACCGUCCAAAGACCUGUACCGUGUCAGUGAUCCCCUCGGGUAAAGUAGAGGAGGGUUUGCCAGUGACUCUAAACUGCAGCAGUGAUGCUAACCCAGCAGCUGAAUACACCUGGUACAAGGAGAAUAAAAUCCUUCCUAAUGGAUCAAAACAGCUUUAUUAUUUCUCUGCUGUCAGCUCUAAGGACAGAGGAAACUACUCUUGCAAAUCUGAGAAUCAGUAUGGACAUCGUAACUCUUCACCUCGGUUUCUAGAUGUUCUCUAUGCUCCAAAGCUUCCCUCUGUGUCAAUAACUUCUUCUGGUGAGAUCGUGGAGGGCAGCUCAGUGACUGUGACCUGUACCAGUGAUGCUAACCCAGCAGCUGAAUACAAGUGGUACAGGGAAAAUGGCCAAAAAUGUCUGGAAUCAAAAAAUUAUUUGAUCUUUAACUACAUCGAGUCGUCUGAUUCUGGGCAAUAUUACUGUACAGCCAUGAACAACAGGGGUGAAAAGACAUCUACAAGAAUCAAUAUUGAUGUUAAAUAUGCUCCCAGAUUACCAGCAGUGUCACUAAGUCCUUCUGGUGAGAUCGUAGAGGGCAUCUCAGUGACUCUGACCUGCAGGAGUGAUGCUAACCCAGCAGCUGAAUACACCUGGUACAAGGAGGGAGAGGAGUCACCAAAAGCUUCUGAACAAACCUUCACCAUCAGCGACAUACUAUAUGAACACAGUGGGAAUUAUUACUGCCAAGUCCAGAACAAGAUGGGACGCAGUAACUCCACUGGGUCUGUGAUUGUUGUGGCAGGGUCUUUAAAUCUAGCAGUCAUUGGAACUACUGUUUUUAUCUUUCUGAUCAUCAUAUUUCUCUUUGUCUUUUUCUUAUUGAGAAAGCGGAGACAAUCAAUACCAUCACCUAAACAAGGCGAAAGCCCCAACAACAUUGAGCAGUGUCAAGACAAUCUUUCAGAGCCGCAGGAAGACUUUCAGUAUGCCAGUGUACGGUUCUUGAAGAAGCAGAAAGAUCCUGUCUAUGCAAAUUUUAAACCUGCUAAAACUGGCAAACCUAAUGAGGAGGAAGAGGAGGAGCAGGGUGUAGAGUAUGCAACCGUCAAAUUUGCAAGUACCACUUUUCAGAGGUAAGCAGAUCCUAAAUCAGAAGGUCUUGCUCAGCUAAAUACUAAGAGACAAUACAUUUGGCUUAUUAUAGAAGACAAUAUAUCCUUAAGCUGGCUGGCAGGAUUUUCUAAAGUACAAAUAAAGUAUUUUUGCUUUAUUCGUGCUAUGGUCUCUAACUAUACCAGUCAGAGUAGCCUGUUUUUUUUUAGGUUUGUCUCUUUUAUGAUUUGUGGGACAAAUUUGUUCUCCCAAGUAAAAGUAAAAUAUAAAAAAUAUAUCUGUAUACUCUCAUAGCAAUUCAUGUGGUGUUUAUGUUUUUUUGUUUUUUGUUUCACUGUUAAUAUCAUUUCAGAACUGAAGGUCCAGAACCUGGAGAGG